GCAGUUAGUCUGCACUCAGAGUGCGUCUGCCCGGCUGGAAAGCCCGGUACGACGUUUAAACGAACUAGAAAUUUGAAAUCCUGAAGCAGCGGUUAGGAAGUGCACGCGCAUAGAACGUGCUCUUCAGUAGCCGCGUUCGCAUGAAUGCGACAGGUGCACGGCGCAUCGCAGCGAACAUUCAGCGCAUCGUACCAGGUAUAGGUGAACGGCGGCGAUGCGCUAUAGGAAGGCAAAUCGCAUUAAUGCUCCGAAGAGGGUAGAUCGAGAUGGAUAAGUCGACUCGCGUGGUGAAUCUAAACGCUGGCUUAUCGCAUCACGGGAGAGAGGAAAAUUGAGACGGCUGCCGGCGUGUGCUCUGAACCGAAACGCGCUAGCCGGAAACGGGUACCGGAUUGUUUCGGACGAAGGGGGAUGCACCACAUCGAGAUCGACUCCCACACUGACGGCCACCUUGCCGACGUGGGCGGCCCGCUGUUCCUGACUCCGCUUAUCAACGCGGGCUUGCUGGACAAGGCGCGACACCUAAGCCGCGUAGGCCAGCUGCUGAGCGACGCCAAGGCCACCGAGCUUUUCCCCAGUUACGCGGGCUUCCUCACCGUCAACAAAGAGCUGUCGAGCAACAUCUUUUUCUGGUUCUUUCCUGCCAAGGAGAAACCUGACGCGGCCCCCGUGAUUAUGUGGCUUCAGGGAGGUCCGGGCGGUUCUUCUGUGUUCGGACUGUUUCUGGAGCACGGGCCCUACCGUGUCGUCGAGGGUGGCUCCAUUAGGCUGCGAAACACCACGUGGGCGCAACGCUACUCGAUGCUCUACGUGGACAACCCGGUGGGUGCCGGUUUCAGCUUCACUUGGAGCGAGCACGGCUACGCCCGGGACCAGCGACACGUGGCACGUGACCUGCACGAGGCCCUACAACAAUUCUUCACGCUUUUUCCUCGGUUCGCCACGAACGAUUUUUACGUCGCGGGGGAGUCGUACGCAGGUAAAUACGUCACGGCCGUCGCGCACCUCCUCGCCACGACCCUUUACUCGCGAGUGCACAUCAAGCUACGAGGGAUCGCCGUCGGCAAUGCCUGGCUGGACCCGGAGACGAUGCUGGACUACGCGCAGUUCCUGUACCAUAUCGGUCUGGUGGACCGAAGGCAGGCGGACCACAUUCAGCGGGGAAUUGAGAGGGCGAUCGUUCUCGCCAGGCAUGGUCGCUUCGUGGACGCUUUCAACAUAAUGGACCACUUGCUGGAAGGCUUCGAGGCGUCCACUUCCUACUUCAAGAACGUCAGUGGCAUCGUCACGCCCUACAACUUCUUGCAGGUCGAAGAGCGGACGCGACGUGACAUAGAACUGUACAGGUCAUUCGUGGCAACGCACGAAUUCAGGAGGGCCGUGCACGUCGGCAACGUGGCGUUCAACAGCGGCCGCGAAGUGGCUUCGCAUCUCCUGGCCGACGUCAUGCGCUCCGUGAAGCCCUCGUUCGUCUCGCUUCUCGAGAGAGACUACAAGGUGCUCGUCUACAGCGGCCAGCUGGACGCGGUCGUGCCGCACUCGCUCGCGGUCAACUUCCUCGGCAACCUGCAGUGGUCGGGGACGGAGUCCUUCGACGCGGCCCGGCGCAAGGUGUGGAGGGCGCCCACGCUCGGCUCCGGCGUGGCCGGCUACGUCAAGAGAGCCGGCAACCUGUUCCAAGUGAUGGUCAGGGGCGCGGGACACUUCGUGGCGUACGAUCAACCGGAAGCGGCAUUGGACAUGAUAUCGAGGUUUAUAAACGGCAGUUUUCUUUAGUAGUACGGUGACCGUCUGGCAAGGGACGCACGCGCUUGACAUUUGUAC